AUGAACAACACGGUAACUGUCCGGACCAGGAAGUUCAUGACCACCCGACUCCUUAAGCGGGAACAAAUGGUCACUGAUGUCCUUCAUCCUGGGAAGGCAACAGUACCUAAGACAGAAAUUUGGGGAAAACUAGCCAAAAUGUACAAGACCACACCAGACGUCGCCUUUGUGUUUGGGCUCAGAACCCAUGUUGUUGACGGCAAGACAGCUGGCCUUGGCGUGAUUUACGAUUCCUUGGGUCACGCGAAGGAGGAUGAGCCCAGACACAGGCUUGCGAGGCGUGGCCUGUACGAGAAGACCUCAAGAAAGCAGCGAAAGGAACGCCCGAGCAGAAUAAAGGCGGUCCUGGGGACUGCAGAGGCCAGUUCGGUGCUGGCAGAAAGUCAGCUGGAGAUUGGACAGCAGAAGGAGUAA